AUCUGGCUCAACUUCUCGCCGCAGUUCCGGUACUACGCCUCGCUAGUUGCGUGCCAAGAUAACCACGUGGGCGGCUGGGACGAACUGCUUGCGUCGCGCCUGCACCGCAAGUACCUUAUCACGGGAAUCCUAGGCAAGGCGCUCGAGAUGAGCGUGUUUGGCGAGCUGAUGUUCGGGGCGGACCUGAAGCAGGUGGUGAUGCUCCAGGCAGAGGACGAGGGCACCCUUUACCUGGAAGGCUACAAGCGUACUGAGCUACGUUCCCGUUCGGUGCGUGCCCUGCUCGCGGGCGAAACGCUACCGCCCCUAUUCUGGAAUCAGGUCGACUGGGUGUCGAUGCAGCUGACGAAACUUCUGCUACCGGCGGUGCGCCUCAUGGAUGUCAACUUCGAGGCCAGCCGGCGGCAAUCGCUGCGCAGAAUUCACCAAGACAUCCACAGCAUCGUGGCCGUAGCGGGUUUCCUGUCCAUAGGCAUCCGCUGGUCGCCAAACAUCUUCCGCUUCUCGUCGCCUGUGCCCGGCGAGGCGUGGGGCUCGGACCAGCAACACGUGGACGAUACAAUCUAUAAGAUGUCACGGGCGGUGGCGGACCGGCUGGGAAGAAGGGCCGAGAGAAAGUGGAGAAAAGACAGGCAGGAUCGGCAGCAGCAACAACAGCUACAGGAGCAGCGGCUGCAACGGCAACGGCAACGGCAACGGCAACUGCGGCAAGCCGGCGAGAGGGGAGGUCUACCUGGUCUCGUAAACAACGUCAUCGCCGGAACUGACAGAAUCUGGAAUAUGGUCAAGACGCAAGUCCAGAGCCGGAUCCGGGUACCCGGCUCGCGUCUGGAGGGGGCGGGAGUGGUAACAAGAGAUUUCGCCGGCGAUGGGCGGGACUACUUCAACCCGCCGUCACGGAUGGGCAAGGUGCAGAUCGUGCUGUGGCCGAUGCUGAAGCGGUACACGGCGAAGCAGAGCCCCGAGGCGGAUCCGGACGGGUGGAUCCCUAUGGGUUAUGACGAGGGCGAGACCAUCACGUCUAUCCUCAAGGCGCAGGUCGUGUACUACGAGGGUGAGAUAAACUCGGAGGGUGAGGACGCUGAGGGGCACCCGACACUUGAGGAGUGGAUAAGGCACAGGCGUUGGGUGGUCUCUUGGCGGCAGCAGCAGUUCCUGCGGCAGCUGGCGUUGGCCGUAGUUGUCUGGCUGAUCCUCGAUGGCCUGGCGUCGUACUUUGGCGGAGCGUUCCUGGCUUUCCGGAACACGGUCGAGUACUUCAUGGCGGCCCUGGGCAGGUGGAUCCUGAAGAAGAUAGUGGUCUGGACGCUCGGGGUGCUCAUCAGCAUCACAUCGCUGUCCGUCGCCCUAUCCAAGGUGGCGUGGUGGUUCGCAUAUGCGACGCGGAACACCAUUGUCGACCUGAUUGGCAUGUUAACACGCUGGGAUUCCAACGCGCCCGGGCAGAUCUGGCUGCCGCCUCGAUACCAUCUCGACUGGGCCUCGUUUAGGGACUUGAUCAGAAUCCUCAGAGGCGAUCUGGGGUCGUGGUGGAGGGGGAUGCCACCGGUUCCCCCAGAGGAUGUCGACAUCUGA